ACCCGUGUUCCCUUUCGUAUUUGAUGAUUUAAGAAGUUCCCGGCCGGCGGCCAUGGCAGCUCGGGUCACCAACCGCGUCGCUUAAUCGGAAGCCGCCGCCAGGGAGGAAGAGAACGGAGCGAGGAGCCAUGGCCGCCCGGAACUUCUUCGUCCGAUCCCCCAAGGAGGAGGAAUCCAGCGCCGCCAUCCGAGAGGCUGUCCUGUUGGGAGGGAAGAACGCCGCCAUUGCUGGCACCGUGGUCGCGGUUCCCACGUUCGUUGCUUGCCGUGUCCUUCCUUGGGCUAAGCACAACCUGAACUACACCGCGCAAGCGCUCAUCAUAUCGACAGCCUGUGUCGCCGGCUUCUUCAUCACCGCGGAUAAAACCAUUCUGCGAAACGCAAGGCAAAACACCAUCGGGAGGAUCGACGAGUCGACUUGAUCCAGGACUGUACAGAAUCGCAGGCCCUCUGUUCCAUCUAUGAUCCAUGGAUGGUGCUGCAUGAGGAGACGUCGAAUUUCAGUUUCAGUUUUUCUGUACCCUUGCAGUGUAUGGAAGAUUAAAGAGAGUUGUUGCUUUCUAGGGCAGUGGAUCCCGUUUGCUCCCAGUUGAAAGUGGAAUAAAAGAUGGAAUUUUUUCCUUGUUUUUUUUUU